UGAUUGCGUAUCAAUUGUAAAAUCAAUUUUAAAAAGUUGUAGUCAACUGCACGUUUUUAUAUGAAUUUCCCCAAAUUAAAGCUAUCAAACUGUGAAAACUGGAGGAGGAAGAGGAGACUUUGCUUUGAAAAAGUCUCUCUCUCCUUCAUCAUCUUCUCAUAAAUACGCGAAGGACGUGAAAGAGAGACACACGGAGAGAGAGACGGAGCCGAUGGGUUCCGCUUCAUCAGAGAAAGCACACGCAGUAUGUGUCCCUUUUCCAGCCCAAGGGCACAUGAACCCCAUGCUUAAGGUUGCCAAGCUUCUCCACACCUACGGCUUCCACAUCACCUUUGUCCUCACUGAGUUCAAUCACCGCCGCUUGGUCCUCUCCUCCGGCCAGGAGGCCAUCAGGGGGCUUCCGGACUUCCAGUUCCGAACCAUCCCCGACGGUCUUCCUUUCUCCGAAGAAGACGCCACACAGGACGCUCCAGCUAUUUGCGAUUCCACAUCCAAGAACUGUCUCCCCCAUCUUCGCCAUCUCCUUGCAGAACUCAAUGAAGAAAACAAUAAAAACCGACCACCAGUCUCAUGCAUCGUCGCCGAUGGAUCCAUGUCCUUCACCCUCGACGCUGCUCGUGAGCUCGGCAUUCCUGAGGUUCUCUUCUGGACAACCAGCGCCUGCGGCUACCUCGCUUACAACUACUAUCGUCACCUCAUCGACCGUGGCCUUAUUCCUCUCAAAGAUGUUGGGAAUAUGAGCGACGGGUUCCUUAACACCAGGGUGGAUUGGUUGCCGGGGCUUAUGAAGGACAUGCGACUCAAGGAUUUCCCUACCUUCCUUCGUACCGUGGAUGCCAAUGAUAUCAUGUUAAACUUUGCACUCCAAGAGACAUCGCGAGCUUCCCAGGCCUCCGCCAUUAUCCUCAACACAUUUGAAGACCUUGAGCAAUUGGCUAUCACGACACUGGAGAAAAUACUACCUCCUAUCUACUCAAUUGGCCCUCUCACUCUUCUCAGCUGCAAUAAAAUCUCAAAUGAAAGCCCCAUCGCCACCAUCACUACAAGCCUAUGGAAGAAGGACGAUUUCUGCCUCGACUGGCUUGACCGUCAUCGUGAACCUCGCUCAAUCGUGUACGUUAACUUUGGAAGCAUUACAGUGAUGAGCAAUGAGCAACUCUUGGAAUUCGCAUGGGGGUUGGCUAAUAGCGGGUACCACUUCUUGUGGGUGAUACGACCGGAUCUUGUCAAAGGAGAAUCUUCUGUGUUGCCGCCAGAUUUCAUUGAGGAGACCAAAGAGAGAGGAUUGAUGGUUAGUUGGUGCACGCAAGAGGAGGUGCUCAUGCACCCAACGGUUGGUGUUUUUCUAACGCAUUCUGGCUGGAACUCCACUAUUGAGAGUAUUAGCUUCGGCGUGCCGAUGAUCUGCUGGCCAUUUUUUGCAGAACAACAAACCAACUGCAAGUACACCUGCGUGGAAUGGGGCCUGGGGAUGGAGAUUGACAACAAUGUGAAAAGAAAAGACGUGGAGGAGCUCAUAAGGGAGAUGAUGACAGGGGAGAAAAAGGGGAAUAAGAUAAGGAAGAAGGCGAUGGAGUGGAAGGAAAGUGCAAUCAAGGCUACUGACCCCGAUGGAGCCUCGCUAGUUAACUUUGAAAAAAUGAUUAAUGAGGUUCUUCUUGGCAACAAGGCGGUUCAUUGAGGACCUGCCAAUAAAAAAAAGGAGAAUUUACAUACAUAUCACUUUAUUUCAUGUUAUUUAUACAUACCUAAUACUUAAAAUUUUAAUUUUACAUGUGUACCAAUGAUAGAAUAAAUAUUAGUUAUAUAUU